GAGCGGGGCCGGCGCGCUGCGCUCUCGCAGGGGACAGCACCACCGCGACAGGACAGACCCGCCGCCGCUACCACCGCCCCGCCGGGCGGGCAGCGAGGGGCCCCGCGGCCUCGGGCCCGGCGCUGCGCAUGCGCCCCGCGGCGCCCCGCGACCGGCGGUGGCGGAGGGGCCGGUUCGAUGUCGGCGGCGCCACGGCGGCUUCCGGGAAGAUGGCGGCGUGGAGAGCGGCGGUGGUGGCGGUUGCCCGCGCUCCGCUGAGGGGGCGGCUGGCCGGGCUGCGGCCCCCUCGGAGCCAGCGUCGCCCGCCCAGCUGGAGAGUCGCUGCCGCCGCUGCCCUGGUUGGGGGAGGCUCCCUGGUGGCGUGUUACAGUGGGCGGCCGGGCGUGUUCCCGACGGUCCUGGCUCAGAAGGAAGAUGUCAUUAAUGGGGAAAGGGACGAAAGACUGUGUCUUCGGAAGUAUCGCUUCAUGCAUUUUGCAUCAUUGGAAUAUGAAGGAGAAUAUUACAUGACACCAAGAGAUUUCUUGUUCUCAGUAAUGUUUGAUCAAGUUGAACGUAAAGCCUCAGCCAAGAAACUGACAAAAAAGGAGGUAGAUGCUGCACUGCUGUGUGUUGCCAAAGCUAAACCAGGACCGACCUUUUUUAGAGAGCUUGGUGAUAAAGGGUUGAUAUCUUAUGCGGAGUACCUAUUUUUGCUGACAAUCCUUACAAAACCCCAGACUGGGUUUCAGAUUGCCUUUAAAAUGUUGGAUACAGAUGGCAAUGAACAAGUUGAAAAGAAAGAAUUCUUUAAGCUGCAGAGAAUCAUUGGGAAGGAAGAUGAUUUGAAAACAGCUGGAGACGAAACAGUAUUUCGGGGAGCAGAACUGGAAAGCUGUGGUGUUAAUACCAUGUUGCUGGUACAUUUCUUUGGAAAAGAAGGAAAGGACAAACUUCGCUAUUCUGAGUUUUUCAGAUUCAUGGAAAAUCUGCAAACAGAAGUCCAAGAAAUGGAAUUCAUAAAGUUUUCAAAGGGUUUGAAUGUCAUGAGAAAAGAAGACUUCGCAGAAUGGUUACUGUACUUCACCGAUGAGGAAAACAAUGAAAUUUACUGGCAGAACGUGAAGGACAGAAUUGAGGCAGGAGAGAAUAUCAGUUUGGAAGAAUUCAAGACUUUUUGCAAGUUUACAAACAACCUGGAAGACUUUUCUAUUGCCAUGCAGAUGUUUACUGUAGCCAAUCGUCCUGUUAAACGGGCUGAGUUCAAGAGAGCAGUGAAAGUGGCAACAGGACAGGAGCUCUCAGAUAAUGUUUUGGAUACCAUCUUCAAGAUAUUUGAUCUGGAUGGAGAUGACUGCCUCAGCCACGGCGAGUUUCUUGGAGUCCUGAGGAACCGAAUUCAUCGAGGCUUGAGGGUGCCACAACAGCAAGGCAUUCAAGGUUACUGGAAGUGUGUGAAAAGAGAAAGCAUUAAAGGAGCCAAAGAAGUGUGGAAGCAAACUGGGAAAAGUCCUUUUUAAAGCAGUCCAUUGUUCUUUUGCUAUAAAUGUUGUUAUUUAGGGGGGUUUGUCUGUCCUGUUUACAUAAUAGCUGAAUCAAAAACACUCUUUUUUUUUUUUACUAUCGUUAAACUUUAAUUAACCCAGUUUCUAAUGCAAUAAUUUUAUAUUGUUCUCGUGCAAUCAGUUUGAUUUACAGAACUGUUAUCACUUUUGACCUCCAUACGGAAGUACUCUUGUUCUAGGGAAUAGUGGUGUUUACUCCUCUGUGGAGUCUGACCCUGCGCUGUAGCAUGCAGGAUACACAGGAUUUAAUAGUGGCCACUGGCAGGAACAUCACAGCAAUAUCAUCUGCUGUUGGAAGAGUGGACAUCAUCUCAGUUAGCCACUAACACAGCAGUUCUCUUUCCCUGGCAAGGAUAGAGGUCCAAAAGGUGAAACCACUUGCACAAUCCAUGCAAAUCAAGUUAUCGUAGAUCAAAAAGAAAAAUUCACAUGCUUCACACCCUCAGUACUGUGAACUGCCUGUGUGCUAGUUCCUGGUAGAUGAUUCCACUGGAUACUGUGUGGAUGUCUGGUUUGUCUACCUUCAUGAUGAUAAUGUUAAACUGGAAAUACGAGACUGUUGAUACAGGCUUUAAAUGUUUUACAUUGAUCUGUGAAUGUGCAUUGAGUCUCUCAGACCUCUUCAACAAAUAGUAUAAAUGAGAAGCAAAAUCCUCAUUCUAUCAUAAACAGCGGUAGCUAAAAUUUGGGUCGUAACUAUUUUGCUUUAAUUGUAAUGCAGAAGGUGAAUAUGUAACAAAUAGUUCCUUUAUCUUUCUAAAGUUGUGACAGGGAAUGCUGCAGUAUCUCAGGAAUUCAAGGUUAUAGUAAGCAAGUGUUGGAGGAAUAAGACGUCCAAUGAAAAAUAAAUAAAAAUGUUUAUCACUCCAAAAUGCAAAGUUAGAUGUAAGAUCUUGAACAGUAAACCAAGGAACAGAUCAAAAUUAACAUUUAGCAAUUAUAGAUGAACAUUUUUUAGCUAUAACAUAGUGUGCAACAGGUGUUACAUGUUACUUGUUUUUUCUUUCUCACAACCUUAGGAGCUGAUAGUCCCAGGUCCACGUCAGUCUUCCUGGUUGGCCACUAUAUACAGGAGACAGACUUAUCUGUAAAGCUCUCAAGGUUCUUCCUCUUUCCCUCUCCCAGUUGUCUGACUUGUCUUGGCUGGGGUGAAAGCUUAACCUUUCGAGACAGGUUCAUAGAAUCGUAGAAUGAUUUGAGUUCAUGAUAACUGUCUCAAAAGGUGGACUGGGGAAAUGUCUCAAGAAAAACAACUGAGAAAUCUCACCACUCUGUGAGGAAGUAUCCAUCCCUUUUAAGCAUGACACUAGCUGUGUUAUUCUCAAAGUUGUAUAUAAGCUCAAUAGGAGGUGUGUUGCUGUAAUUUCUUGGGGUUUUAGUUGGGGGAGCCUUGAGAAGAGGGGAACCUUCCAUGACAGAUACCAGAGCAGCCCUCACUCAGAUGAGGGGCAGGAGAGGCUGCAUUAGGAGACCAUAAAGAUGUCACGUAAGGGGUACUGAGAUUACAGAGAAUGUAUUUGGUAUGUCAGUAGCCAUCAGGCAGGCUUGUGCUGAGGAGGAGUCCUCCCUCCUGAGCCUCAGCACGGUGGUCUCUGCUACGGAAAUAGAGUGAGAAGCUAGCAAAGCAGCAGCCUGGCUGCUACUCUUCCCUCCAUGGUCUUCACUUGGAGCUUUAAUUUAAAUUGUCUUAAAGAGAAAAUGCUCGUAUUCUUGUCAUCUGUGGACGUGCACCCAGAGUCACCCACCAGAACUGCAGUCAACCCACCAGCAUGCCUCUGUGGGUGUCCUGAGACUGUCUAGAAGAUCAGGCACCAGUGACCACCAAGGAUCCCUUUACUUCCCCAGGAAACAAUCAGAAUGAAAUAAAAUGUAUUAAAUGCCUCAGCCCCCCCCGCCUCAAACGGAAGUGAUGCACUGCUCUGGAGCAGCAGGAAAUGAGAUAGCUGGUUUACUUUGUGUGUCUGGAAGUUGCUUCUGUCUGAUGGUGAUGGGAGCUGUGAGAAAGAGACAGCUAAUGGCAGCAGAGGUGGGGCAAUGGGACUGAUCACCAAAUAGUGAAGGACACAAUCGAUCAAGGCGCAUCUGUACCGCAAAAGUGUGUGAGUUCACCCAAAGUGUGCUUUGUUCCAGCUUUGGCUUUAAUGCAAGGCUGCCUUGUACUUGUUGCUGUUAAUAUUUUGGCAAAUGAUUUUUACUUUGGAAUGGAGAUUAUUCUUUAACAUUUGACUCUGUGUAAUGUUAAUAGGUUUACGAUGUUCUUUAUUGCUUUUGUGGUUUCUUUUGUUUACUGAUUACUUGCUUCCUACAAGCUUUUUUGGUUUUCUUUUGGGAAAAUCAAUUCAUUUAGCUUUAGUGUAUCUAGAGGUUUAAUUCCUCAUUGCUCAUUUGUGUUUGAGUUUGUGCAAUCAGCAGUAUCUGCUUUCGGCAGCAAGUUACUAAAAAUGGGAUUUCAAGCUUUAUUUUUUAGCAAAAGCUUUGGUGUCAAGUUCAGAGGAAAAAGAAAAGAGAUACGCUUAUUUUUAGAUGAACUUUGUGGCUGUAGUAAAAAAGAAAUUAGAUGAUUGAUUAGGAAUUCAAAUACAGUUGCGAAACAUUUUUAGAAGAAGUUAUCCUGAAAGUACAGGCAGGAAGGAACUACUGUCAAGGCCAGGAAAGACUUGUCCAUCAGGCUUGAAGAAUCAGACUGUGUUUAAUCUGUAGUCUAUUUUUGUUUGUCUUAACUAAAAGGCUUUAUGAAACAGUCUUAAAAUAAUUUCUCAUAUUAAAUAUCUUAGAUUGACAGAGCUGUUUACAUGUUUAGAUUGACCUUGUCUUUUAAGGAAUCCAUGGUAGUUUUUGCAUUAGAUGUUCUUUUCAGUUCUUUUCAGUAACUUUAUAGUAUUUGCAAGCUGUCUAUCAGCAUCACUUAACACAAUUUAGUUGAAAGUUUAUGCCAGCUGCCAAUCUAUCAGUUAAACUUAUCAAUUAGGACUUUUUUAAUGUUAGGAACUCUUCCUCUGAACAGAAACAUGUAGAAAAACUGAAUAAAAUUGGAUUUUUAAAAAAUCUC